AUGGAUCAAGUUUGAGGAGGAUGUGGAAGAAGGAGGGGAACGGUGGUCCAAACCUCACGUGGCAACGCUCUCCCUCCAUUCACUCUUCGAACUCCGAUCUUUCCUCCUCAAUGGAACUGUCAUCCUUGAUAUGGAUGCCUCAAGUCUGGACACCAUUGCAGACCUUGUUCUUGACAACAUGAUUAAUCAAGGGCAGCUACCUCUUAAUGGAAGGGAAAAGUUCCGUGAUGCUCUCCUGCGGAGGCAUAAGCAUCUGUAUGAGAAGCAGAAACACAAAGAGAAUGGGAAUAUGUCCCGUCUGCCACUCAUCCGCAGCUUGGCUGAAAUUGGUCGUAAUCAUUCUUCCUCUAAAAUGGAGGAGGGCGGGGCUUCCCCCCAAGCUCCGCCCCCCGCGCCCACGCCUACAUCUCUGGGUGAACCACCCAAAUUUGGACGCUUCUUGAACGUGCCGGGGACUGGUGGUGGUGGUGUUGGUGGUGGUGGUGUUGGUGGAACUACCGAGGGUGGAAACAAUGCCAGUGUUGUCUCCAACCCAGAUGGUGCCAUGGAGACCUCCCCCUCUUCGGGAUCCAUCACCCGUAACCAGAGUGGAAAUAAUUUGGAGUCAGGCAAUGGAGUCAGUGAGCACAAGGGCAACACCAACUUCAUGAGAAAGAUUCCACCCGGUGCCGAGGCCUCAAACAUCCUGGUGGGUGAAGUUCCCUUCCUUGAAAAACCUGCAACUGCAUUUGUCCGUCUAACCCAAGCAGCGAAUCUUGGGGACUUGACUGAGGUCCCUGUACCUACCAGGUUCCUUUACAUUAUUCUGGGUCCAACUGGUGGUCUUCCAAGAUACCACGAGAUUGGGCGUGCCAUGGCUACGCUCCUCAGUGAUGAAGUUUUCCAUGAUGUGGCAUACAAGGCCAAGAACCGCAGUCAUCUCCUGGCUGGUGUUGAUGAGUUCCUUGAUGCUGUCACAGUUCUUCCUCCUGGAGAAUGGGAUCCAGCUAUUAGGAUUGAGCCUCCUGCUGCUAUUCCAUCUCAGGAUUCUCGCAAAACUCCAAAGAAGAACGAACCAGAAGAGGUGAUUGAUGAAGAGGAGGAGGAGCAGAAGUUGAGGGAACAGGCAGGUCUAACCCGCACAGGAAGGCUCUUUGGCGGCUUGGUGAAUGACCUCAAGCGGAAGAAGCCUUGGUACUGGAGUGACUUCAAGGAUGGCAUUUCCAUACAGUCCAUUGCCACCUUCUUCUUUUUGUAUUUUGCCUGUCUCACACCAAUCAUCACAUUUGGAGGACUGCUCGGAGAGGCCACAGAGAAUCGUAUUGCAGCCAUGGAAUCCCUUGUUGCCGGCUUGAUAUGUGGAGUAGCCUAUGGCUUUUUCUCUGGCCAGCCUCUGACCAUCCUAGGCUCAACUGGACCUGUUCUUGUCUUUGAAACUAUCCUCUAUGACUUUUGCAAAUCUUCUGAAUGGGAUUACUUGUCAUUCCGUCUGUGGAUUGGCAUUUGGGUUGGUGCCAUUUUGAUCAUCUUGGUAGCUAUUGAUGCAUCAGCUCUUGUCUGUUACAUCACCCGCUUCACUGAAGAGAACUUUGCUACACUGAUUGCCUUUAUCUUCAUAUACAAGGCUAUUGAGAAAGUGAUCAAGAUUGGCUCCAAGUAUCCAAUGGAGACUCAUGUUGAUAUCCCAAAGUCAUGUAUGUGUACUGUUGGGAAUGAAACUGAGUAUGGUAAUUCAACCUAUCCAUGGUACAAUGCUACAGAAGAAGAUUGCAAAAUGUUCUAUGAAGGAACGAUGAUGGGCGAUGGCUGCAAGCACUUCUAUCCAGAUGUUUACUUGCUCUCCUUCAUCCUCUUCUUUGGAACUUUCCUUAUCUCAAUCUACCUGAAGGACUUCAAGACUGCUUCCUUUUUCCCAACCAAGGUCCGACAGUUCAUCAGUGAUUUUGCUGUUAUCAUAGCUAUCCUUGCCAUGAGCUUCUUUGACUUUGUAGUUGGCAUUCACACCCCAAAAUUGGAAGUCCCAGGAGAGUUCAAACCCACCUGGGAGGGACGUGGUUGGCUUAUCCCACUUUUCAAUGGAAACCCAUGGUGGUCUUCCAUUGUUGCUGUAGUGCCAGCUCUCCUUGCCACCAUUUUGAUCUUCAUGGACCAGCAGAUCACAGCUGUUAUUGUGAACAGAAAGGAGCAUAAGCUCAAGAAGGGUGGUGGAUACCAUCUUGAUCUGUUUGUCCUUGCCCUCCUCCUCAUUGUUAAUUCCAUUAUGGGCUUGCCAUGGUUUGUGGCUGCUACUGUGUUAUCAAUCAACCACGUCAACUCUCUCAAACUGGAGUCUGAGUGUGCAGCUCCUGGUGAGAAACCGAAGUUCCUUGGUGUCAGGGAAAACCGUAUCACCCACAUCGCCAUCUUCGCAUUCAUUGGGUUGUCAGUAGUCAUGACUCCAAUCCUCAAGAAGAUCCCUAUGCCUGUACUAUUUGGUGUCUUUCUGUACAUGGGUAUUGCUGCCCUGAAAGGCCUGCAGUUCUUUGAUCGUAUCCUUAUCAUGUUCAUGCCUGUCAAGUACCAGCCAGACUACUCUUUCUUACGUAAGGUUCCCCUCAAAAAAGUACACUUGUUCACUCUUAUCCAGCUGGGAUGUCUGAUUGCUCUAUGGGUAAUUAAAUCUUUCAGUCAGACUUCUAUCUUCUUCCCACUCAUGUUGGUGGUGAUGAUUGGUAUCCGCAAGUGUCUGGACUGGAUCUUCACGCAGCGUGAACUCAAGAUCCUGGAUGACACCCUGCCUGAGUUCAGCCGUAAGAAGAGGAUGGAAAAAGAAGAGGAGAGCAACACAGAAGAAUCCGAGGAAGACAAGAAGGCUGGUGUCCAUUCAAGUGAGGGCAUGAUGACCAUUCCACUGGCCAAUGGCAAUGUCAUGAAGGUGCCCAUGAACCCCAUCAACAUAUCUGAGGAAAUGAACAAGAGUGGAGUGUGGAUGGACAUCAAUCAAGACCAGGAGAAGCAUAACAAGGCCAACUCACCUACAAAGAACAAUGGGGACAGGAGCCGUGACAGCUGUAAGCGUUGCCAUCGCCGUAAGAAGAGCCGAAAUAAUGAUGGAUCCAAUGAUGAGGCCAAAGAGCCGACUAAGGAUGUGGAAAAGAAUGGCAGCAUAAAGUGUCACAGUCAAACAGAAAAUGAUUCCGCUAUGAAAGACACUUUGGAAUUAGAGAAUGAAUCUUGCCAUUUCACAAAAAAACGUGGAACGAAAAAGGAUGCUCUGAACGAGGAGGAGAAGAAGAGGCUGAGCAUGAUGGCAGAAGAGGAAGAGGAGGACGAAGGAAUUACAAUCAAGGUGACGAAGUCGUAAAUUGUCACACUGUCAGCCAAUUAUCAUUUCGUUAUAUGAUUUUCUUUAUUUCUUUUCCAUCUUGUGUUCCUUUUUUUGAAAGAUCAUGAUUCCUUUGAGCCUUAGUUGAUGACACAAGCAAGGUAGAUCAGCUUCAUGGAGCCACAAGGUACCAGUCUGAAAGGCCUGAUGUGGUUGUAUUGAUUUUAAAGAUAUGAAUUAUAUUUUUAAGACUGAAAUAAUAAAUCUUUAUAAAGUCAUAAUAGAGGCAUCCAUUAGCUGAUCUAGUCACAUAUGCAGUUGUAAGACACCUUGCUAUAUAUUGGUAUGGCUGUACCUGGACCACAUAUAAAGAAUCCUUUAUGUUAAGGAUUAAAUGUAGCAGUUCAUACUGCUUUAGAGGUUUUGAAUAUUUAUUAUCUUAAAGACUUACUAAUAUCCUGAUAAGAAAUAUUUACACUAAUGAGUAACAGUUAUGCACCAUGUUUGUGUGAAAGUAUUAAUUCCCCUAUAUUUUAAUGUGAUAAGAAGAGAUUCAGUGGUGUUUGAGAACUUCUGUGGAAGGGAUGAGACUAGAAAUUUCAGGAAGGAUAAUACAGACAGAAUGCAUUUUAGUGUUCUUGAUCAGAGGACUUAAUUCUUUUCAUUGUUACUAUAUAUUAUAGUCUCUCCUCAAAAUGUAGAAAAUGCCUUGUUCAGCCUUGCCACUUCAAUUUUUUUUUCUUUCUUUCUUUUUUUCUGUAUGCACAUAUAUCAAUUAAAUAUUUUCUUCAAUCCUUUUGAACCAGGAAUCAGUUUCCACUUCUUACAAGAGCUAAACAUAAAUACUUACAGUUUGAUGUAAGUAUUAUUUAUCCCUAAUACAGUACUUUCAAAAAG